CUCAGUUAGGAUCGUUGAUCAGCGACAGACCAGACAGUAAAACAAACAUGGCAGAAGUAGCUCCAGCUCCCGCCGCCGCUCCGGCCAAAGCCGCCAAGAAGAAGACUUCCAAGCCGAAGAAGGCCGGUCCCAGCGUCAGCGAGCUGAUCGUUAAAACGGUGGCCGCUUCCAAGGAGCGCAGCGGCGUGUCUGCCGCCGCCCUGAAGAAGGCUCUGGCGGCCGGAGGCUACGAUGUGGACAAGAACAAAGCCCGCGUCAACACCGCCAUCAAGAGCCUGCUGACCAAGGGGACUCUGGUCCACACCAAGGGCACCGGCGCUGCCGGCUCCUUCAAGAUGAGCAAGACGACCGAAAGCACGAAGCCUGCAGCUAAGAAAGCCGCUCCUAAAGCCAAGAAGCCCGCCGCCAAGAAACCCGCAGCGGCUAAGAAGCCCAAGGCAGCAGCCAAGAAGCCCGCAGCUGCUAAGAAGUCUCCCAAGAAGGUGAAGAAGCCCGCAGCAGCGCCCAAGAAAGCAGCCAAGAGCCCCAAGAAGGCCACCAAGAGCCCCAAAAAGAGCCCCAAGAAGGCGGUGAAGAAAGCCCCCGCAGCCAAGAAAGCUCCCGCUAAGAAGGCAGCCAAGCCCAAAGUGAAGAAGACAGCAGCCAAGAAGAAGUGAAGAAACAUCCUCAGAAUUCUGUAGAAACAAAGGCUCUUCUAAGAGCCACCACUUCUCCUGUCAGCAGCUCAUUCCUCUGGUUUCAGAAAACACAGAACAAAUCAGUGCAAAUAUGAGAUUAGUUUGACAACUAAUUUGCUGAUUUAUAUCAAUCUAAAAGGUUUGUCAGUCAUUAAAACACAACUAAGAAAUGUUCCACCUUAUGUAUAAACGUAGAUCAGUCCAUCAUUAAACAUAAACUAAAAAC